AUGGCUUCGAAAUGGAACUGAAAUCGACAUUGAAAGUGAUUAUCGCUUCAGUUUAAUAGAAGGAAGUUUGAUCAUCAACAACCCCAGUGAAACAAAGGAUUCUGGACAGUAUCAGUGUUUAACUACCAACACGUUUGGCAGCAUUUUAAGCAGAGAGGCUGUUCUUCAGUUUGCAUAUCUGGGGAAUUUUAGUGGUCGGACAAGAAGUGCUGUCUCUGUACGUGAAGGUCAAGGAGUUGUUCUGAUGUGCUCACCUCCAGUUCACUCUCCAGAGAUCAUCUAUAGCUGGGUAUUUAAUGAAUUCCCAUCUUUUGUGGCAGAAGACAGCAGACGCUUCAUCUCUCAGGAGACAGGCAAUCUCUACAUCUCCAAGGUGCAAACAUCUGAUGUUGGCAGCUACAUAUGCCUGGUAAAAAACACAGUGACAAAUGCCAGAGUUUUGAGUCCUCCUACACCUCUGACACUGAGGAACGAUGGUGUAAUGGGGGAAUACGAACCAAAAAUUGAGGUCCAUUUUCCUUACACUGUCACAGCUGCAAGGGGAACUACUGUAAAGAUGGAAUGUUUUGCACUUGGCAACCCCGUUCCAACAAUCUCUUGGAGGAAAGUUAACGGUCAUAAUCCAAGUAAAGCCCGCCUGAGAAAAUCCCAAGCUGUGCUUGAAAUUCCUAAUGUGCAGCUAGAGGACGCGGGAAUGUACGAAUGUAAGGCUGAAAACUCUCGUGGAAGAAAUGUCUUCAGAGGACAACUACAAGUGUACACCUUCCCCCAGUGGGUGGACAAACUUAAUGAUACACAAUUAGACAGUGGAGAUCAGCUCCGAUGGGAAUGUAAAGCCACUGGAAAACCAAGGCCCACAUAUCGUUGGCUGAAAAAUGGAGUUCCUCUCCGACCACAGAGCAGAACUGAGAUGGUUAAUGGUGUUCUGAUGAUCCACAGUGUGAAUGUCUCAGAUGCUGGAAUGUAUCAGUGCUUAGCAGAAAACAAAUAUGGCACUAUUUAUGCCAGUGCUGAGUUGAAGAUUUUAGCUUCAGCUCCCACUUUCCCGCUAAAUCAAAUGGGGAAAUCAAUAAUUGUUACGAAGGGCCAAGAAAUUGUCAUUGAGUGCAAGCCACAAGCUUCUCCAAAGCCAACUAUCACUUGGAAGAAAGGAGACAAAGCAUUAAGGGAGAGUAAGAGGUCAGAAGUCUGUUCG